AUGGUGUGUCCGAUGGGUGGGGGGGCAGGACGGCUCUACAGCGCCCUCAACAGACCACAGGCCCUGCCAGAGCCGGCGCCAGAGUCAGCCCUGGACCCGGCCUUCUGUACGGAGCACAAGGAGUCCAUUGUGAGGAGCUCCGACCCAGAAGAGAUGCUGCGACAGUGUGAAGACGCACUACGAGACAGACCUCCCAGGUUCCACAGGAAACUCGUCCACGUUAAUGAAGAUGGAAACAGCUCCUCCGGUGGACACUUCAGGGUGAUGCAGUGGAACAUACUCGCUCAAGCUUUGGGGGAAGGAAUGGACAGUUUUGUACACUGCCCCCUGGAGGCCCUGAGCUGGUCGCAGAGAAAAUACUUGAUCCUGGAGGAGAUCUUGACCCACAGACCUCACGUGCUUUGCCUACAAGAGGUAGACCACUUCUUUGACACCUUUCAGCCGGUCCUGUCCAGCCUGGGCUACCACGGCCACUUCUGCCCCAAGCCCUGGUCGCCCUGUUUAGACGUGGAGGGCAACAACGGACCAGACGGCUGCGCGCUUUUCUACGACCAGGCAGAGUUUGAGCUGCUCGACAGCGUGAACAUCAGACUGUCUGCUAUGAGGAUACCCACCAAUCAGGUUGCUGUGGUGACGAUGCUGCGCAGUCGCAGUAACGGCAGGUGCUUGUGCGUGGCGGCGACACACCUGAAAGCGCGUGCGGGCUGGGAGCGCCUGCGCACGGCUCAGGGCUGCGACCUGCUGCGGCAGCUGCAGGGUCUGGUGAAGCGGCCCGAGCGUGACGUCCCGCUGCUGGUGUGCGGAGACUUCAACGCCGUCCCGUCCGAGGAGGUGUACCGCCGCUUCCGCACCUCCCCACUCUGCCUGGACUCUGCCUACAAGAAGCUGAGCACCGAUGGAGCCACGGAGCCCGCCUACACCACGUGGAAGGUCAGGCCCAGCGGCGAGUGCUGUAGCACGCUGGACUACAUCUGGUACGGCAGUGACUCGCUCAGGGUGGAGGCCGCGCUGCAGAUGCCCACAGAGGAGCAGAUUGGGCCAAACAGGCUCCCGUCCUUCAACUACCCAUCAGACCACCUGUCUCUGGUGUGCGACUUUAGCUUCAGGGACUGA